AUGAAUAAACCAUUACGAAAAAGACACCCUUUAAUUAGAAUUGCUAAUAACGCUUUAGUAGAUUUACCAGCUCCAUCAAAUAUUUCAGCUUGAUGAAAUUUUGGAUCAUUACUUGGACUUUGCUUAGUAAUCCAAAUUCUUACAGGCUUAUUUUUAGCUAUACAUUAUACAGCAGACAUUGAAACAGCUUUUGAUAGUGUUAAUCAUAUUUACCGAGAUGUUAAUAAUGGAUGAUUUUUACGAAUUUGUCAUGCUAACGGAGCAUCAUUUUUUUUUGCUUGUUUAUUCACACAUGUAGGACGAGGAGUUUAUUAUAACUCUUAUUUAUAUGUUCCAACAUGAAUAAUUGGAGUAAUUAUUUUAUUUAUAGUAAUAGCAACAGGAUUUUUAGGUUAUGUUCUUCCAUGAGGACAAAUGUCAUUUUGAGGAGCAACAGUAAUUACAAAUUUAUUAUCUGCAAUUCCUUAUUUAGGAACCGACUUAGUACAAUGGAUUUGAGGAGGAUUUGCGGUAGACAAUGCAACAUUAACUCGAUUUUUUACAUUUCACUUUGUUCUACCAUUUAUUAUUGCUGCUUUAACAAUAAUUCACUUGUUAUUUUUACAUCAAACAGGAUCUAAUAACCCAUUAGGAUUAAAUAGAAAUGUUGAUAAAAUUCCUUUCCACCCAUAUUUUAUUUAUAAGGAUGUUAUAGGAUUUAUUAUUUUUAUUUGAAUUUUAAUCGGAUUUAUUUGAAAAUUUAAUUAUUUAUUAAUAGACCCUGAAAAUUUCAUUCCUGCUAAUCCUUUAGUUACUCCUGUUCAUAUUCAACCAGAAUGAUAUUUUUUAUUUGCUUAUGCUAUUCUUCGAUCAAUUCCUAAUAAAUUAGGGGGAGUAAUCGCUUUAGUUUUAUCUAUUGCAAUUUUAAUAAUUCUUCCUUUUACUCAUACAAGUAAAUUCCGAGGGUUACAAUUUUAUCCUUUAAAUCAAAUUUUAUUUUGAAAUAUAGUAAUUAUUGCAUCAUUAUUAACAUGAAUCGGAGCUCGACCAGUAGAAGAUCCUUAUGUGUUAACAGGUCAAAUUUUAACUGUUUUAUACUUUUCUUAUUUUUUAAUUAAUCCUUUAUUAUCUAAAUAUUGAGAUAAAUUAUUAAAUU